ACGUGGCAACUCAUUUCCUGCGGCGGACUGUUUAAUCAAAGAUACAUAGGACAGCGGCAUGUUAUUUUGGUGUUUGACUCGCCUGCUGCCCAAUGUCGGUCGGCAGGCUGGGUCUGGAUUUUGCAGAACCCAGUACCUCCGAAACCUGUCGUGUUCCCAGAGGCUGCGAGGAGGCUGUCAGAAGACAACGGUCAUAACACCACAACCUUGGACCCAGCACGGAAGGUCAUCUGGCCUCGGUGACAGUCUUGGUUUGAAGUUGCUGGGUUUUUUGGCUUUUUCACUUUUCACUAAAUCUGCAGAGCUGGAGGAAGAGGAGAAGAAGGAUAAAGAAGAUGACAUUAUUCUGCUUCUUAAGAGAGCAAAGCUGAGUGUCAUGAGGGGGGAGCUGGUGGCAGCGGACCAAAUUCUGCACCUGGCCAUCCGGCUGGCUCACCAGUCCCACAACACACAGGCCAUCAUAUACACCUAUGACAUGAUGGCCAAUGUAGCGUUCCUUCGAGGGCAGCUUUCCAAUGCUGAGAAACUGUUUAAAGCAGCCAUGAGUUUUCUUCUAGCACAUGGCGCAAAAGAGGAUGACAAUGCUGUGAUUGAGAUGUCUCUCAAAUUGGCCAGUAUAUAUGCUGCUCAGAACCAGCACCAGCUCGCUAUCCAUGGGUUUCAGUUCUGCACUGAAACUCUAGAAGAAAAGAUACAGAAACAGAAGGACCUUUCUGAGGAGGCUAUGUCAGCAAAGGAGAAGGCGAACACACGGCUCCUGCUGGGCUUGUGUCUGGACUCGUACGCUCGGUAUCUCCUCACCACCCGGCAGCUGGAUCAGGCUCUGUCCUCCUAUCAGAGAGCGCUGCAGCUCUCCAGAGAGGUGCAGGGAGAUGCCCACCCCCAGACCAUUGUGCUCAUGAGUGACAUGGCGACAGUGCUGGACAUGCAGGGUCGCCAUGACGACGCGUAUGGCCAUGUGAAGAGGGCUCUGGAACUGGCAAGGGAGACUGACCACCCGGACCAACAUACAAUUCUCUGCAACUUGGCAGGGAUUCUCAUGCACCAAGGGCACCUGGUCGAGGCUGGGCGCAUGUACAAGGAGGCCCUGAAGUUGGCUGAGUCAAAAGGAGAUGGGGAGGUGGUGGAGCAGAUCAAGAAGGGCCUGCAGGAGCUGAGCAAGAUGACGAGCAGGGCAUCAUGAAGCACAGGGAGAGGCAGAGACCAGAGUGUCCGGGACACACACAGGGAGGCCCCCCCAGGAACACAGAACAGGGAUUUCAUGAAGAAAGUGGGAAUGCACGAGUCAGACAGCAAAUCCACAGCACUCCAAAAGAUCGGAUUGCUCAGCGCUUUACAAAGUUGUAUUAAUUUAACCGAUGAAACGGUAAACUUGAUACGUUUUGGAAUACCUCACCAGCACAAAGCAAUUUGGAAAACACUUAUGUAGCACAUUACUUAAAACAGACUUCCAAGAUCAAUAUUUAUAAACAUGUUCACCAGUCCCUUUGGCUCCUCCAGCGACCCCUGUUGAAAUGUGUGCAGUGGGCAGUCAAGAUCUUAAAUGGUUCAACUCUUUCAGCACUAAUUCAUUUUGUAAACAAGCACACCCAACUACGACUGAUUGAAUAGUUUCAGUGUCUUACAGGGACCCUACAACACUCCUAUCGUGGUACUGUUACCUAUGACACAGGUCUUUUAACAUAGUACCCUGGUAGACACAAACUUUCAUUAAUUUGGGCAGCAGUGUGGAGUAGUGGUUAGGGCUCUGGACUCUUGACCGGAGGGUUGUGGGUUCAAUCCCCAGUGGGGGACACUGCUGUUGUACCCUUGAGCAAGGUACUUUACCUAGAUUGCUCCAGUAAAAACCCAACUGUAUAAAUGGGUAAUUGUAUGUAAAAAUAAUGUGAUAUCUGUAUAAUGUGAAAUCUUGUAACAAUUGUAAGUCGCCCUGGAUAAGGGCGUCUGCUAAGAAAUAAAUAAAUAAAUAAUUUCUUAGUCAAAACAACAGUUAUAUAGGGGUGUAUCCAAUACCUGGGACAGGUGGUUUUGAAUAGAGUUAUUUUUCCUGCACCUUAUUACUGGUCUGCAGUGUUGGAGGACUAUAAAAACCUCCAACUAUGGGCAACCCGUAGUAGAUUUACAUCUUUCAUGAAUUGACAUAUUUACUAUAAGGAAACAUCAUUUAUAUAUUUAACAAAAAAAAAAAAAAAAAAAACUGUAUAUUGUGGUACUGUGUAAUAAUAAAAUCCAGAUGAAGGGAAUUCAAACAAGUAACCUUUUUUGUAAAAUAAAUAAAUAAAUAGAACAAUAAAAACUA